AUGAAUACUGAAGUUCAUCCAGCAGAAAAUAUCCAUGGGAUUGUGCGAUCAAUGGAAGAUGUAGUCGGGUUAACUUUAACCGCAAAUCACAUUACACAAAGGCAUGUGGAAUAUUUACCGUAUCCCGAACAGACUACAGAAGAACGUCGUAUGAGUGAUGUGUGCUCGUUGGAACAAAUCUACUCACAAUGUAACCAAACAUUUGCACGUGAUCAAACAGUUGAAGUUAUUAAACUAGACGCAGAAAGAAUAUACAAUGCUGUUACUGAAUUCCUCUAUCCGUAUUUGUAUAGUAUAACUCUUCGUUAUGGAUCCACAUUUGAAUGGACGAUCAAAAGACGCUAUAGACAAUUUGCUGAACUUCAUAAUGCUCUUCGAGAUUCUAUUAAACUGGAAUUUAAAAAAUCUCGACUUGAUUUAAACAGUUCGCGAACAUCUAUCAAUCGCAAAGAUUAUCCCUGUUUCCCUACCCAGAACGAUCGAAUUGGAUUUAUCAACGAAAGAAAUAUCAACGAGAGAUGUAGUAUGCUACAAAACUAUCUCAACAAAGUUCUUGAAAAUCCAUUCUUUCGUGAACAUAUUGCUAUGAGAAAAUUCCUUCGAGUUAGUCCACUGACAUUUGUUGAAGGCUUAGGAAAAAGUUUUGGAGAAGGAAAUCUAUCGAAACGAUCCAACGAUGAUCAUCGUGGUCGAUCAAUUCUAAUUCGCAUUCCGCUUCUAUGUGACCCAUGUAAAGUUUUCCACGAAGACAAAUGGUUUGUUAUCAAAGAUUCGUAUGUUGUAUAUAUGACACUGAACUCCGGUCUUAUCGGUUUUCCAAUGCUUGCUGAUCAAGAUUUUUCGCUUGAUCGAACUUUUCGAAAAACACGAACGAAACAAGGAAUUCGCAUAAAAAACUCCCAACGUCAAAUGAUUGUCAAAUGUCAAAGCGAAGACGAGCGAAAUCUUUGGUUUGAUGGCCUAAUGAAAAUGAAAGAGAAUUCGAUCUUUACACAAAAUCACCUAUUUGAUUCAUUUGCACCACAACGACAACAACAGUAUGCUCAAUGGUUUAUUAAUGGUCAAUCGUAUAUGGAAGCGUUAGCCAAAGCGAUCUUAUUAGCACGCGAAGAAAUUUUUAUCAGCGAUUGGUGGCUUUCACCUGAAAUCAUGUUAGUUCGUCCAGCUCAAGAUGAUUCCAUGCGAUUGGAUCAUCUUCUUGGCAAGCGAGCCGAAGAAGGUAUUCGUGUCUACGUGUUGAUCUUCAAAGAUAUCGUGAAAGUUGUUGGUUUGAAUAGUUUACAUACGAAGAGAAAAUUAUUAUCCAGAAGUCCAACGAAGAAGAAUAUCAAGGUUAUUCGGCAUCCUGAUCAUCGAAUAUUACCUGGCACUGAAUCGUCAUUUCUCUUUUCUCACCAUGAGAAAACUGUGAUCAUCGAUCAACGAUUAGCUUUUAUUGGUGGUAUUGAUCUUUGUUGGGGACGAUGGGAUACAGAUGACUAUCGAUUGGUUGAUUUGAGUGAUGAGAAUAUCACGGAAUUGAAACUUCCAGAAGAAAUAGCUAAAGAACCUGAAGAAGAAUCACAUAAGGAAGAAGCUGCUAUUGAAACAGCUGAUGAGAUGGCGACAAACUCGAAUGAGCACCAUCUAUUAUCGGAAAUAUUCAGCGACACAGAUGAUACAGAAGAUAGAAAAAAACGUCGACAUGAACAUAGAUGGCAACGAUUCAUUAAAAGAGAAAAAGCGGAAAAUACUGAUGACGAGGAGAAUUCGUCUGAUGAAGAAGUCGAUGGAGUAUCCGAUGAACAGCCAAAACCAAUUGUUGGCGUUACGCCAGUUGCGGAUAGUAAAUGUCGGUUCUUUUUGGGCAAGGAUUAUUCAAACUAUUAUCAAAAAGAUUUUGAGUUCGUCGAAAAAUACGAUGAAGAUUAUAUCGAUCGAAAACUUGCGCCACGCAUGCCAUGGCAUGACGAAGUACUGUCUGUUUCAGGUGAAGCAGCAAGAGAUUGUGCCAGACACUUCAUUCAACGAUGGAAUAUUCAUAAAGCAGAUAAAUUUCGUUUCAAUGAUAAAUAUCCUUAUCUUCUUCCAAAAACCGAUGAUGAUAGUCAACUCGCUGAUCCAUCUAUACUUCAAGCAAUUCUGCCAGAUGAUCGUCUUCCCGUUCGCAUCGACGCUCAAUGUGUUCGUUCAGCUUCGUUUUGGUCAUGUGGAAUUGAGAAAGUCGAACGUUCAAUUCAUACUGCUUAUAUUCACAUGAUUGAAAAUGCUGAACAUUUUAUCUACAUCGAAAACCAAUUUUUUGUCACCAUUGCUGAAGAUGAUACGAUAAAGAAUGACAUCGGUGAAGCACUUUAUCAACGUAUCAUUCGUGCACAUAUUAAUCACGAAAAAUUUCGAAUUUUUAUUCUUUUACCAUUGUUACCUGGCUUUGCUAAUAGUAAUGCUGUUCAAGCUGAGCUUUACUAUAUUAUGAGAUCGAUCAAUAAAGAUGAUCAAUCACUCUAUCAAAGAUUAAAACGAUAUGGUAUUGUGGAACCUGAACAAUAUGUGACGUUUAAUGGAAUGCGAAAUUGGGAUAUAUUGAUGGGUAGUUUAGUAACAGAGAUUAUUUACGUUCAUUCGAAGUUGAUGAUUGUUGAUGAUCGAAUGUGUAUUUGCGGAUCGGCGAAUAUUAACGAUCGCUCGUUUCAAGGAACUCGAGAUUCAGAAAUAUGCUUAGUUGUCAAUGACAUUGAAAUGGUUGAUUCACAUUUGAAUGGACGAUCGGAGAAAGUCGGAGUGUUCUGCUCUACUUGGCGAAAGAAAUUAUUCAGACAGGUGUUAGGUCUAAAAGAUGACGACAAGAUCAACGUCGACGAUCCAUGUUCAGAUGAAUUGUACAACUAUUUUUGUCAAAUAGCAAAGAAGAACACUGAAAUCUAUGAAGAAGUUUUCAAUACUGUACCAACAAAUAAAAUACGGCGAUUCGCCGAUAUUGAAGAAUAUAACAAGCAACCCAAAUUGAAAGAAACAGAUCCUCAUACAGCGCAUGAUAAAUGCAAACAGAUUCAAGGUUUUCUCGUCGAAUUUCCAAUAGAUUUUCUCGCUGACGAUAAUAUUAAACCUAAGUGGAAUACACAAGAAGGCAUUGCCCCAAUGUCCUUAUGGACAUGA